AUGUUCUCGAAGAGGAGUGUUGAUAAAUUACUACAAUUAUACAAGAACGAAAUUCGCAGACAAAUAAGCAAAACAACAAGUGUUACCAAUUCGGAUGCGAUGUCGCCAAGACUCGACCAAACAAUCAUCCAUGCACAGACCGAAGACGCUGGUCUUCCCAACAGACUUCUGAAGUUGCAAAAAUAUCACAGAUACCUGUCGACUCUUACGUCUCAGCAAAUGCCACUGGCUGCCCGAGGACUGGCCGUCUCCAAGGACCAGUCCCGGGAGUUCAUGGCUUGCUUCCCGGACAUCGUGAGGGACCUCACAGAAUCUGACAAGCAUCUUGACGUGCCAGAAGCCAGCAAAUGGUUGGCUAAGUUGUUGCAAUACAAUGUGCCGAAUGGAAAGAAGAAUCGCGGCCUGGCGACCGUCCUUGCAUACAAAAUGGUGGAGAAGAGGGAAAAUUUGACACCAGAAAAUAUACAUUUGGCUAACAUUAUGGGCUGGUGUACUGAAAUGUUCCACACACUCCAGUUAUUAUCCGCCGAUGUCAUGGAGGGCAGGGAGAUGAGACGAGGUGUGCCAUGCUGGUACAGGCGACCAGAUGUAGGUCUGAAUGGCGUCAACGAUGCCAACAUGAUCCAAGCAGCCAUGUACUCCACACUCAAACGAUACUUCUCAUCAAAACCCUAUUACAAAAACGUAUUGGAAAUGUUCAAUGAGAUGCUAAUUAAAUGCUCAAUCGGCCGUUACCUAGAACAACAAAUAAUGAAGACAGAUAAGCCGGACCUGUCACUAUUCACAAUGGACAAAUACGAAGCCAUCACCAAAUACAAAACAUCCUACUACACCUUCCAAAUGCCUGUCGGAUUAGCGCUCCUAAUGUCUGGAGUGGACGACCCUGAAACCCACAGACAGGCCAAGACAAUUUUACUUGAAAUGGGAGAGUUCUUUCAAAUUCAAGAUGACUUCCUUGACUGCUUCGGAGAUCCAGCAGUAAUGGGAAGAAGUGGCUCAGACAUCCAAGAAGGGAAAUGCACGUGGCUCGCAGUUGUUGCGCUGCAAAGGGCAACUCCAGUACAAAGAGAAUUCAUGGAAAAUCACUACGGAAGCGCAAACCUUAACGAUAUCAACAAAAUUAAGGAUUUAUAUGAAGAAUUGCAAUUGCCUCACACUUACUCAGUAUACGAAGAAGCCACUUAUGAUCUCAUUCGAACACAAAUUCAGCAAGUCACAAGAGGACUGCCACAUGACUUGUUUUUCAAAAUCUUAGAUAAUAUCUUUAGGCAACGAAUUUAA